CUUUGUCCGGCCAGAAAGUCUAUCUAUGCAUUGCACACGCGGCUAAGCGGUUCUAGCUUGGGGACAAGAGGGGCGGUUUAGCUUCGGUUACGGACUUCAGCCGAUAUGGUUGUUUAAUGUGUGCACUCCGCUACACUCGCCCAGGAAUGUUCACCCAUAUCCAUGGAUUUCGAGUCCAUAUGCAAAGAAUAAUUCCUGCUGGCCAACCGUGGCCUAAUCCACAUGGUGUCCAUUGGUCUGGUCCGAAAUCCUCACCGACAGAGCUGGUCAAAAGUUUCACUUGGGCUUUGUUCUUGAAUCCCUUGCAUCUGCCUAGCCAAUACCACACGAUGUUCAUGCAGGCCGCGAGCACUCCUCGCAGGGGACCAUGCAUCGUCCCAACAGCAAAGAUUCCAGGCGGCCGUGUCUGGGGAGCCGCCUGCAUUGGUGGCCGCCGAAAAUUGCACGUCCAAAUGGCACUUUCUGCGGGCAGCUGGUCACUUGCCUUUCCGGGCACGAUGCAGUGCGCAAAGCAUUAUGAUUGGCUCAGUUUCCGGCAGGGGAUGAUGCACGGUACCCAAUCAGAGGCCGCCUGUUGGUGAAUGUCUCGACCGAUUCGGACGAGUCCCCCACUCGGCUGGUCUGUAUUCUUCAAUCUUUCAUCCGGGUACCGGUACGGUAACAAUGACCGGAGGUUGGUUGUACCGUUGGGCGAGUUUGGGAGAGUCCUGGGAGAAGGAGAACAACCCCUCAAUUUCAGUGCUGAAUUCCCCUUCCCAGUUUCAAUAGU